GUUGUGUAUGUGUCUCUCUGUGUGUGUUGUGACAGAAAAGGAAAUCCAAGUCAAAAGGUGGUUGCAGCUGAUCUCUGGGAAUUGGCCCUCCUUAUGGGAAGCGAAGAGACUUUUGAGCCAAGUUUGGAGGAUGGGGAAAAGCAGCACCAAAGUGAGAGAAGACCAGAACAAGAUCUAGAUUUCUGAAGAGAAAGAGAUGGAUGCUUCUUAUCCUUUUCCUCCUGGAAGAGUGAAUUCUUUCCUUCUGAUGCAAUGGAUACUGAUGUUUGUCUUCAUCGUAUCAUCCUGCUCCAGUUUGUCCGAAGAUCCAGUUUUGCUCCAGCGAGAAGGAGGGGGUGUAUGUGUGUGUGUAGGAAACACAGAUGGUUCGGCACACCAGCAGUAUGUUAACUAUGGCGUCCCAGAAGUGAUCUUGCCCUGCUCCAUCCCAGAAAAUGCAUCCACAGUGCAAUGGCGUGUAAAUGGCACAUUGGUGCCCAUUUUGAAGGCGGCAAGCAAGGAUGGCAACCUGGUCUUGAGGAACCCCAGUUUUGCACAAGAAGGGGAAUACACAUGCCAUGAUCCGGCCACCGGACGGAGGCUGAAACGGAUUCAUCUCAAGCUGGGCUACCCUCCUGAGAAACCUGUUGUCCGAUGCUGGUCCGCAAGUUACCCGGCCGCCAAUUGCACCUGGAGUUUGGAAACGGAGACACACAUGCCCACUUCUUUCUUCGCCACAUACAAGUAUUUUAUUUUGUUUUAUUUUUAUCCUCUUAGAACUGCGAUGCAGAGUAGCUCACAACAAACCUGCGGAAGACAUGAUAACUAUUUUUAAAUACUUGAAGGGAUGUCCUGUUGA